AUGGGGUUUAACCUGCAGCCCCAUCUUGCUCACAUCGAGGCAGGUGGUAAACCUGCGCCGCAAACCAUAAGGCGACCAUGCUCAUACACAGCGAGAUCAUGGAACUUCGAAGCAGAUGAUCUCAGCAUAUCUAGUAUAUCACAGUACAUGAUAAGCUUGGGUCAUCAAGGUAGGCCUUGUGUUCGAGCUGGAGAGGUGGUCACGAGUGCAUGUGCAAUGGAUGAGCAGACCAUGAGGGAGCUGUAUGAGUACAACAUCAAUUUCAUUGACGAGGACUUUGUUCGGCUCAUGCUGCAGCUGAUGUUCGUCACAGCCAUGCUCUUGCUGCUCCAGUUUGAGGAGGUUCUUCACAUCACAUGGAGUGAUGUCCAGUUUGAAUACUAUCAGCCACGACAGCGUCGAAUCAGGCUCAUGCUCCCUUUUCGCAAGACUCAUCAAUAUGGAGGUAUUGUGCCAUUCUUCCUGUACGAAAAUCCCAACAAACCAUGGAUGUGUCCAGUUCGUGCAUGGGCAGCUUGGUGGCAUCACUGUCGGCAUCUCGGCCUCAACAUGAAUGGCUAUGUUUUUCGCAAAAAAAAUGGGACGAGAUGCACUCAUUCUUUCCGUCGUGGAGGUUGUCAGUACCUGGCCAUGGUACUUUGGUGGCCACUCUGCCAGAUCUGCACUUGGGGGGGCUGGGCAGAGAAUUUUGAUAACCCUGGCACUAUUUUUAAGUACCUUCUCUCCUGGACUGACGCACCUCAACUCCAGCGAGAAGACUACUUCAAUCCUGAACGAGCUGGGAGUGACCCAUGCACAGCCUGUGGUCGCACUUGCACUUGUGCAUGA